AUGCCAGAGGCGACGACCCCAGAGAUAGUGAUCCCCAACGCUCAGAAUGUACUGUUACUUCAUGGACCGAAGCAGCAAUACCGGAUUGAGAGAGAUUAUCCGAUACCCAAAACCUCUGGCAAAGAUGAGGUCCUGAUAAAGAACUCUGUCAUUGGCCUUAAUCCGAUCGACUGGAAAGCACCCGAUUUCAACUUUGGCAUUCCUGAGCUCCCGUACAUUUCAGGGAGGGAAUGCUCGGGUGAGGUUGUGCAGGUGCCGGACCAACAUACGAAGCUCAAAAUUGGGGAUAGGGUUAUCUCAAUAUCGACCGACUAUCGAGAUCUUCGCAAGGGAGCCUACCAAGAAUACGCUGUUGCACUGAGCUACAACACUGUUCGACUCCCUCCAAACGUGUCACUCGAGGACGGAUCAACACUAGGUGUCGCAUUCGUGGCUGCGGCCUUGGCACUCGGAGUAAGCUUGGGUGUCGACUUCUCCGAUGUGCUCGACGGACCAGAUCUCUUCAGUCUCCUACGCAGCAUCGGCGAAGACUCGCUCCCUAAGGACAUCAGGGAAGAGUGUCUUGCAUCUAUAGAGAGUCACGAAAGAGCACGCUCGGGGGACUGGUUAGCAAUCUGGGGUGGUGAGCUAACAAGUUCUACUCGCAUGGGUGAAUCACCUUCUAACAACUUCCCAGGGUCGGCGACAUCGGCGAAUCUAAUCAUUCAACUGGCUCGACUCGCAGGGCUCAAGAUCGUUGCCGUGGUGGACAAAGCGAAGCACGGUCUAAGGCUCGCGAACCACGCUGUGAUCCGGCCCGAUCUCUUGGUCGACAGCCACGACCCAGAGCGGGCAGUGGACAUCAUCAGAGCCAACACAGGCGGCCAUCUUCGAUUCGGAAUCGACACCAGGGGCAAGGAUACUGCAGCCAAGCUGCUGCAAGCUCUGUCUCCAGGAGCGCCAUCAAAGCGAUCAACCAUGGCACCGCCAUCUCCACCCGCGACCCCAGAGGACUCGACGAGAUUGCGAGCACACUUGGUAGGCCUGACAGGACUGCCGAAGGGCCCAGCACCGGAGGCGAGCUUGUUCCAUACGGUGCCAGUGAAACUCUACCACGAGGUACCCGCGGUUGGCGAGGCACUCUCGCUCUGGCUCGAAAGGCUUCUGGCAAAUGGUUUGAUCCAUGCUCCUGAGAUUAUAGAUAUCGAGGAGGGGCUGGAAAAUGUAAACAAGGGACUAGAUCGCAUGCGGCGGGGCGAAAUCAGUGGUGGGAAGCUCAUCGUACGCGUGUAG